AGCGCGGGGUCCUCGGCGGCCUGGGUGGCUACUGCUCCUGCUGCUGUCGUAUUUGAGGACGGGUGUUACUGCUGCUGCUGUUGGUUCGCGGCGGAGGCGAAGGAGGAGGAGGAAGAGGGCGAGGCGACGGGGUAGAAGGAGGCAGGCGUAGCGUCGGCGGAGGGGCCCGGGACCGGCGGCGGCAAGGGGGGGGGGAAGAUGGCGGACGUGCUCAGCGUCCUGCGACAGUACAACAUCCAGAAGAAGGAGAUUGUGGUGAAGGGAGAUGAAGUGAUCUUCGGGGAGUUCUCCUGGCCCAAGAAUGUGAAGACCAACUAUGUAGUUUGGGGGACUGGAAAAGAAGGCCAACCCAGAGAGUACUACACGUUGGAUUCCAUCUUAUUUCUACUUAAUAAUGUACACCUUUCUCAUCCUGUUUAUGUCCGACGUGCAGCUACUGAAAAUAUUCCUGUGGUUAGAAGACCUGACCGAAAAGAUCUGCUUGGAUAUCUCAAUGGUGAAGCAUCAACAUCAGCAAGUAUAGACAGAAGUGCUCCCUUGGAAAUAGGUCUUCAGCGAUCUACUCAAGUCAAACGAGCUGCUGAUGAAGUUUUAGCGGAAGCAAAAAAACCCCGAAUUGAGGAUGAAGAGUGUGUACGCCUUGAUAAAGAGAGAUUGGCUGCUCGUUUGGAGGGUCACAAAGAAGGGAUUGUACAGACUGAACAGAUUAGAUCUUUGUCUGAAGCUAUGUCGGUGGAAAAAAUUGCUGCAAUCAAAGCCAAAAUUAUGGCUAAGAAAAGAUCUACUAUCAAGACUGAUCUAGAUGAUGAUAUAACUGCCCUUAAACAGAGGAGUUUUGUCGAUGCUGAGGUAGAUGUGACCCGAGAUAUUGUUAGCAGAGAGAGAGUAUGGAGGACACGAACAACUAUCUUACAGAGCACAGGAAAGAAUUUUUCCAAGAAUAUAUUUGCAAUUCUUCAAUCUGUAAAAGCCAGAGAAGAAGGACGUGCACCUGAACAGCGACCGGCCCCAAAUGCAGCACCUGUGGAUCCGACGUUGCGUACCAAACAGCCUAUCCCAGCUGCCUAUAACAGAUAUGACCAGGAAAGAUUCAAAGGAAAAGAAGAAACGGAGGGCUUCAAAAUUGACACUAUGGGCACCUACCAUGGUAUGACACUGAAAUCUGUAACGGAGGGUGCGUCUGCUCGUAAGACUCAGACCCCUGCAGCCCAGCCUGUACCAAGACCAGUUUCUCAAGCAAGACCUCCCCCAAAUCAGAAGAAAGGAUCACGAACACCUAUUAUCAUAAUUCCUGCAGCUACCACCUCUUUAAUAACCAUGCUUAAUGCAAAAGACCUUCUACAGGACCUGAAAUUUGUCCCAUCAGAUGAAAAGAAGAAACAAGGUUGUCAGCGAGAAAAUGAAACUCUAAUACAGCGAAGAAAAGACCAGAUGCAACCAGGGGGCACUGCAAUUAGUGUCACAGUACCUUAUAGAGUAGUAGACCAGCCCCUUAAACUUAUGCCGCAAGACUGGGACCGGGUUGUAGCAGUUUUUGUGCAGGGUCCUGCGUGGCAGUUCAAAGGUUGGCCGUGGCUUUUGCCUGAUGGAUCACCAGUUGACAUAUUUGCUAAAAUUAAAGCCUUCCAUCUCAAGUAUGAUGAAGUUCGUCUAGAUCCCAACGUUCAGAAAUGGGAUGUAACAGUAUUAGAACUCAGCUAUCACAAACGUCAUUUGGACAGACCAGUUUUCUUACGGUUUUGGGAAACAUUAGACAGGUACAUGGUAAAGCAUAAAUCCCACUUGAGAUUCUGAGUAUUUGCUUCCUCCAUUUCUGGAAAUCUGGAUUAAGAAGCAUGGAUGUACCUUGAUCUAAAGACUGAGACUCAAGCUUUAUGAAUUUAUUAGGAACUUACAAAUGAAGAAGGUCAUAGAUGGAUCUUUUAUAAGACCUUAUUUGAUGCUUUGUGCUUCGAAGGGGUGAUGCUUGUCAUCCAUAUAAGCAAACUUUUUUGCUUACAACUAUUUUUUUAAUAUUAGCCUUCUAGUCUGUAAUGGAAAUUGUAUAUUUUGAUAGAAGUUUUUUCUCUAUUGGUUAAAUUAGCAUUACUUAAAAUUUGUUUCCUUAGAGAAUAAAUGCAGGUUAUAAGUGUGUGUAUAUUUAGAGGAUAUAUGGCUCUCUGAGCCAUCUUUCUUCUGAUUUUUCAUUGCUCUAUUAUUCUUUUUACUGAAAAUAUGGUGUUAUGAAUGGUAUUAAAUUUUAGUCUCUGGAACAUCCAAAACCAAGCAAAAGGAUGUGACUAUUUUGAGUGAAUCAAAUGUCAACCUGUAUGUAUACUAUAUCUACACUUACUCUUUAUUUAAAAAAGAAUAAUGAAAAAUCAAGAACAAUUCUUCAAAUUUUGGUUGAACUGUUCAGCCUUUUCAAGACUUCUAAAUGAAUACAUGUAAUGAAUGUAUAUUCUCCUCACUGACUUUGAUGAUUUUUAAACUUAGAAUGAUAUAUUUCUAUCUGUGAUAUCUUUCCACUUGAAAAAUCUCAAAACAGAUUAAAAAC